UUGCAGAAAGAUCCAAUAGUGGAAAACUUUCGACGAGCUGUGGAACGGCAAGUGAAAGAUUUACUGGCACCGUUCUACAAGAAAAGGAAAAUCGAUAAGGUCGAAUAUAAGUACAUAAUGCGUAAAACGGUUCCAAAGAUUUGGAAGAAAGGUGGAAAAUUGAACAGCACCAAAAUUCAAACGUUCAUCGAAGCGUAUGUCAAAAAGGUUAUUGCUAUGAAGCGUCGCAAGCUUUCGCACCCUUUGGUUAAAGGAGCACUUACUUUUUUGGUGGACAACAUCACCGUACACAAUAUCGAGAACGGGGGUGAAGAAGAGCCAAAGGAAAAGGAGGAAAUCUUUGUUCCAGAGAAAUUGAAGGAAAACUUGAACGCGCAGCUGAGCAUCGUUGAAAAGACAAAGAAUGGGUUUGCUCACAUGUUUGCAGUUUUAGUGCUUCAAAUGCUCACCGUUCAUUUCAGCGUACCCUUCUCGCACGCCGCCGGUAUGGCCGAAUAUCUUGAGGUUAGUACCCACACGCAGGAAAUCAUGCGCGAUGCUGAACUUCUUGGCUCUCAUGCUGCCCACCAGUAUAUUUUGCAGUUGGACGUGGCGGAAGUUCGCAGCGAAAUCGAUAAUGUCUCAUUGCUGCAAGUCAUGAAUGACGUCGAGGUUGAAACAUUUAAAUUGUCACGGACUUUGUGA